GUGUUGAGCCCAUUUGCAUGUGCUGUUUGUUGGUGCUGCGAAUCAGUUUUUGCAUUAACAGCUAAUCGGUUCGCGUACUUCUUUUUCUGUGUUUUUGUCCUCAGUGCGAGUAUUCGAGUUCGAAAGAAAUGAUUCUUAAAAGUAUCAUGCACUGUUAUCUGCCGCUGUUACUCUGCGUAGCAGCAGUUGCAGCAGGCUCAGUACCCGAUGACAGCAGCGAGAACAGCAGAACCACCACUAGCAAAUGGCUCUGUGACUCGACCGAUCUUUGUCUGCCGGAAGAGGACCUGCUGCCGGAAAACGGGCAGAUGCAGCCCAAGCAUCGCUUUGAGAGUCAGCUGGAUUGUCGUCUGUCUUGUGGCAAAUAUGGAGCUAUUUGGCCAAUGCCAACCGGUGAAUGCAGCCUGUCGAAUGAUCGAGUGCACUUUGAUCCAUGGAAGGUGCGUUUUAAUGUAGUGGCACCGAAUGAGGUGACGACACAGUUCCUGCGCGAGACGAACCGUCUGUUUGUGAGCAACCUGCUCAAGGAGUGCACCAGGAACUGCACGCUGGUUAGCAGCAAGGAGGUGCUGGUGAAGGCGACGGUGAACGACAGCAGCCUGGUCCUGAACUGGAGCACAGACGAGAGCUAUAUGAUGGUGGUUCGCACCACAGACACAGUCAGCUUUGUGGACAUCAAAGCGACGACAGUGUACGGGGCUCGGCUUGCUUUCGAAACACUCAGCAAUUUGGUAACGGGCAGUGUGUCCAAUGGACUGCUACUGGUUAGCUCUGCUCGGAUCAUUGAUCGGCCCGCCUAUCCACAUCGUGGCCUGCUGCUGGACACGUCUCGUAACUUUUUGCCCUUGCGAUAUAUUCGCAACACUCUGGAUGCGAUGGCAGCUUCCAAGCUGAAUGUGCUGCACUGGCAUGUGGUGGAUACGCACAGCUUUCCGCUGGAAAUAACACGCGUGCCGGAAAUGCAACGAUAUGGCGCAUACUCAAAUACGCAGACCUACUCCCAUACAGAUGCCCUUAACCUGGUGAAGUACGCCCGUUUGCGGGGCAUUCGUAUUAUCUUGGAGAUUGACGGACCUUCGCAUGCUGGCAAUGGUUGGCAGUGGGGACCCGCGGCCGGGCUGGGCAACAUGUCCGUUUGCUUGAACAAAACGCCUUGGCGCAGCUACUGCGUUCAGCCACCAUGUGGUCAGCUGAAUCCUCUCAACGAUCACAUGUUUGCGGUGCUCAAGGAAAUACUAGAGGAUGUUGCCGAGCUGGGCGCCCCCGAAGAGACCAUACACAUGGGUGGUGAUGAAGUGUAUAUACCCUGCUGGAACCGAACCGAAGAGAUUACCAACGAAAUGAAGGCCAGAGGUUACGAUUUAAGUGAGGAGAGCUUUUUGCGUCUCUGGUCGCAGUUCCAUCAGCGCAACGUCCAGGCCUGGGACGACAUUAAUCUCCGUAUGUAUCCAAGUGUCAGAGAAUCAAAGCCUGUCAUACUCUGGUCCAGUCGACUGACCGAUCCCGAGACCAUUGAACAGUUGCUGCCCAAGGAACGUUUUAUCAUACAGACCUGGGUCAGCGCUGACAAUUCCCUCAAUAGGAAUCUGCUUCAACGAGGUUAUCGUCUACUAAUCUCCACAAAGGAUGCUUGGUAUUUGGAUCAUGGUUUCUGGGGCAGCACCAGCUACUACAACUGGCGCAAGGUUUACGACAAUGCACUGCCCCUCGACCCACGCAAACGUCAGGAGCGUCAAGUGCUGGGUGGGGAGGUGUGCAUGUGGAGCGAAUAUGUGGAUCAAAAUUCGUUGGAGGCUCGUAUUUGGCCAAGAGCGGGCGCUGCCGCUGAACGCCUGUGGUCAAAUCCCAAGUCAUCGGCCAAUUUGGCCCAGCGUCGAUUCUAUCGAUAUCGGGAACGACUCAUAGCCCGCGGAAUCCAUCCAGAUGCUGUCGUGCCUCACUGGUGUGUCCUUCACGAAGGACAAUGCCUCUGAAUGAACUGCCCCUAUUCCAUUGUUAUUUGUAUCAAAUUAAAAAAGAGACUCGUG